CAUGCGCUCUGGAGGCAAAGGCGGGGGCGCGCAGGGGUCCUUUUCCUCGCCUGCCUCUGGAGCAGCAGGAGCGGCAAGAGCGGCGGCGGCGGGGUUACCUUCCCAGCCAUGGAGGAGAAAGAGGACUAGCAGCAGCCCAUCGCCUCCAGGAGAAGCAGGGAGAAGGGAAACCCUGAGAAGGAGGACUCACUCGCCAGCAGGAAGCCUAUUUGGCAGCCAUGGGCAACGAGGCCAGCCUGGAAGGAGGCGAAGGGCUGCCCGAAGGUGUGGCGGCGGCGGCGGAGGGGGCCCCGUCUUCGAUCCCGGGCGGCGUGGAGGCGGAUCUGAGCCAGCUGAGCGAAGAGGAGCGGAGGCAGAUCGCCGCUGUCAUGUCAAGGGCGCAGCAGGGGCAGCCCAAAGGGAACCUCGCAGCCCAGCCGCCUCCUCCUCCUUCUCCAAGACAUGCUCAGCUUGAUAGCAGCCAUCACCCUAGACAACCAGGCAAGCCUCCAGAUCCUGGGACACCCACUCUAAGCAAAAGCAGAACAGUUGAUACAUUGAAAACAGAGCAGCGAGUGCCUGGAAGAAGCCCAUCUACCACAAGUUUGAGGCAGUCGAAAUCAAGGACUGAUUUUAAAGAAGACCAGAAGCCAAGUAUGAUGCCCAGUUUCCUCUCAGAUGCCAAUCCAUUUGGCGCAGUCACCUCUGUUGUUAACAAAUUCAACCCUUUUGAUUUGAUAUCUGACUCGGAUACAGCCCAGGAAGAAGCUUCCAAAAAACAAAAAGAACAGGAUAAACCUGGGCAACAAAAAGUACCCAGCAAGUCACCAGCACAACCACAGUCUCCUAAGCCAACAGGUCCACAACAAGGGGCUGUCAAACCAUCACCACAGAAAACAGGACCUCCCAAACAAGUGGGGCAGCAACAGCAGCAGCAACAACAACAACCACCACCACAACAACAAAAACAACAACAGCAAUCUGGGGUGCCAAAGCAAGCUCAGAAACCAGGGCCUGCCCAACCAUCAGGCCCACAGUCUGAACAAGCAAAAAAACAGCAAGGCCCGCCACCCAAAACCCAACAACCAGAGUCUACAAAACCUAUUCAGCAGCAGAGUCCUGCAAAACCUUUACCACAGCAACCAGAAGCAGCAAAAGCAUCACCGCAGCAACAACAUGCUGGUAAAACAUCAGCACAGGUACCUGCUUCUACAAAACCUACUGUUGCCCAGCAAGGAACCCCAAUGGGCAAACAGCAAAUUCAGCAGGCUAGUGGGCCUGCAAAGGCUGCCGCACAGUCAACAGGUCCUAGUAAACAACUGCCACAACAGCAAGGAGGACCUGCAAAGCCGGGCCCCCAGCAAGCAGGACCCGCAAAGCAACAAUUACAGCAGCCUGGAGACCCUGCAAAGGCCCCAGAUCAGCAGGCUGGGCAUACAAAGCAGCAGGUGGAACCUGCAAAGCCUGUUGGACAGAAGCUUGGACCUGCUCAGCAACAGCCUGUGGCUCCAUCUCCAAAGGGAUCUCAGCCUGAAGGAUCAGCCCCAAAGAAAACCUUUUGCCCACUUUGCACUACCACUGAACUCCUGUUGCACACUCCUGAAAAAGCCAAUUACAAUACAUGCACACAGUGUCAAACUGUAGUAUGCAGCCUCUGUGGGUUCAAUCCUAAUCCACACAUAACAGAGAUUCAAGAAUGGCUUUGUUUGAACUGCCAGAUGCAAAGAGCCUUAGGUGGUGACUUAGGUCCACCUCCUGGCCCUGGACCACAGUCCUCUCCAUCCAAACAAAAGACAGCUGCUCCAAUCACAGCAACCAAACCACCUUCCCAGGCACAACCACUUGCACCAAAAAAAGAGGUUCCUGUAAAGCCUGAUGCUGCCCAACCCCCUGAACACAAAAAGCCACUUCCACAAACAAAACAGCCAACCAUACCUAGUUCUACACCUGAAAAAACAAAGCCUCCUGAAACUCAGCCAAUAGAAUCUACACCCAAAUCUGAUCAGAUCAAGACAGCUUUGGAUGAAAUUAAACAAAAGCUACCUAGUAUUCAGAAACCUACAAGUGAUGCCGUUCCCCCACCUUCAGAAUUGGAUACCAAAUCUGCAGUUGCCCAAGAAAAAGUGGUGCAAUCUCAGAGACAAGAUAUGGCUGUGUCAUCUCAAGAGAAAACUGUUCCUUCAGAUACCAAAAUCUCACCUCAAGUGUCUCGGCAGAAGUCUGAUCCCAAGCUUGUUUCUCAGCCUGGAUCUGGAAUAGAUGCUAAAGUUCAAAAGCAAACUGAGCCAGUGGAAGGAAAAGAAGAUCUUAAGAAAAUGCAGCCACCAAUGAGUCCUAAAACAGGGGCCAGGCAGGCACCAAAAGCACAAGCCACUGUAGGUCCUAAAUCCACCCAGUCUCAGCCACCAGCUCAGCCCCAGCAACCUCAUAAAGCACCAGAGCAGUCAAGAUUUAGUCUCAAUAUAGGAGGUUUCACUGAUUCUCCUAAACCACAGCCUACCACUCCUCAAGAAAGAGUGACUGGGAAACUAUUUGGAUUUGGAGCUUCCAUUUUUAAUCAGGCUUCCAAUUUAAUCUCCACAUCAGGGCAGCCAGGAUCUCAAUCACAGGGCCCCCCAACUGGAUCCCCCUCAAAGCAACCACCUCCUCCAACACAGUCCCCUGCAUCACAGAAAGAUACUCAUCAAGUUCAACCACCUGUCAAAGCCACACCAGUGAAGAAAGAAACAAAACCUCCUGUGUCAGAAAAAACAGAGCCACCCAAAGCUUCUGUUAAAGGGACAGACCCUGAGAAGAAAGUUGUGCCUGCCAAAGACACCAAGCCUCCGGUUGUUGAAACUAAGAAAAGUGCUGAUCCACCAAAAACGAUUCAACCUCCAUUGCCAACAUUAGCUUGCCCUCUGUGUAAAACUGAAUUAAAUGUUGGUUCUAAAGAUCCUCCCAACUACAACACAUGUACAGAAUGUAAGAAAGUAGUAUGCAACCUCUGUGGAUUUAACCCAAUGCCGCACAUAACAGAGGUACAAGAAUGGCUGUGUUUAAACUGCCAAACACAAAGAGCGUUAUCUGGACAACUUGGGGAUUUGGACAAAAUGACACCUCCAGUACUUUCAAAACCAUCUCCCAAACCAUCGGCUGCUCCUCAAAGCCAGAUUAAAUCUGCUGAAUCACCUCAACAACAAAAGGUUUCAGCAAGACCUGCUCAGAUGGAUAAAAGAGGUCCAGAUUUUCAGAAAGAAGAAAAGACAGUUUCUGCUGAGAAAAUCCAAGAAAGCGCUCAAAAAGUACAUAUAAAGCCUCAACAGGAAAAACUGGCUAAAACAGUAUCAGCUGAUAAAAUUGUUCAUGGUAUUUCAGGAGAAGAUUCGGAUAUCCAGACAGCGAAAAUAGCCAGGUCACCAUCCGCUGAUCAAGUUCCAAAGGAAGAACCAAAACUGAUCACAAAAUCAUCUCCUGAUAAGCUUUUGGAAGACAUUCAAAAGAAAGAGCCAAAGGAUUUUGGAAAGGUGUCAGAUAACAUUCAAAUUCAAAAGGGAGAUCCAAAGGUCCAGCAGAUCAAACUGGGAAAAACACCCUCUGCUGAUCAGAUUCGGAAGGAGGAUCCAAAGAUCGAGCAAGGCAAACUGAUCAAAACAACCUCUGUUGAUCAGAUGCGAAAGGAGGAUCCAAAGAUCCAGCAGGCAAAACUAGCAAAAACACCAUCUGCUGAUCAGAUUCAGAAGGAGGACUCAAAGUUUCAGCAGGGUAAAUUGACAAAAAUAUCAUCUGCUGAUAAGCUCCAACAUGAAGUCCAAAAGGGUGAUCCGAAAGUUCGGCAAGAAAAACUGACAAAAGUGCCUUCAGACAGUGAAAUUAAGAAGGUUGCUCCAAAAUUUCAGCAAGCAAAACUUGCCAAAAUACCAUCUGCUGAUCAUAUUCAGAAGGGAGACUCCAAACUGUAUGAGACAAAAAUAGUGAAGACAGCCUCCGCUGAUCAGCUUCCAAAAGACACUAAACUUCAGGAAGUAAAACUAGCCAAGAUACCUAUGGACGAUUCACUUUCUUCAAAGGCAAUGAGUGAUCAGGCACAACUAAUAAAAAGAGAAGAGGAUGACACCAAAUUUUCACAUUCACUAGAGUCACUUCAUUUGUCUGAAAGCAAGCCUAAAGUAGCACAAUUUACUGGAGAUAAAGCAGAACCCAAAGGGCUCACAGAAACAAGAAGGCAGGAAGAAAUUAAAAGAGAAGAUUUAAUUAUCGGUAUUCCAGAAACCAUUUCCAAAGAUCAGAAAUACCCCAAAGAAGAAAUUUCUUCUCCAACAGUACCAUUACCAAAGCCAGAUCAUGUGGAAGCAAUAAGAGAAAAGGCAGAGAAAGAAGAUGACAAAUCAGACACAUCCAGUUCACAGCAGCAAAAAAGUCCACAAGGCCUCAGUGACACUGGGUAUUCAUCUGAUGGGAUCUCAGGUUCACUUGGUGAAAUUCCCAGUCUUAUCCAAAGUGAGGAAAAGGAGAUGCUGAAAGAAUCUUAUAAAAAAGAGGCUCUUUCACAGGAAAGUAGCCCAACUAGUCCUUCAGAUCUUGCAAAGCUAGAAAGCACUGUCUUGUCAAUUUUAGAAGCUCAAGCAAGUACCCUUGUUGAACAGAAGUCUGGAAAGACCAAAGGCAGUUACAGUGUUUACAGUGAGCCUUCAAGAGACCCACACAAAACAAAAACACAACUUGUUAUAUCAGAACCCCACAGUGUUGUUGAGGAAGAUUUUGCAAAGCAGAAUCUUCAAGGAAAAGAUAGAGGACCUCCUGAAGAAGGAAGCAAACUCCAGAAGGGAUACAAAGAGAAGGCCGACCCAACAGAAGAUACACCAACAAGAAGACAACACUAUGACUCUGUAGAAGAUAGCAGUGAAAGUGAGAAUUCACCUGUCCCACGGAGAAAGAGGAGGACUAGUGUUGGUUCUUCAAGCAGUGAUGACUAUAAACCAGAAGACAGCCCAGGUUCAGGUGAUGAAGAAGAGUUCAUUCGCAAGCAAAUCAUGGUGAUGAGUGCUGAUGAAGAUGCUUCUGGGUCUGAAGAUGAUGAAUUCAUCAGGAAUCAGCUCAAAGAAAUCAGUACAAAUGAAAGUCAAAAGAAGGAAGAAGUGAAGAGUAAGAAAGUGACUCCUGGGAAGCAUAAAAGGAUGACACGCAAAAGCAGUACAGGUUAUGAAGAAGAUGCUAGCAGGCGACAUUCCUGGCAUGAUGAUGAUGAUGAGACCUUUGAUGAAAGUCCAGAACCAAAAUACAGGGAAACAAAAAGUCAAGAUAGUGAAGAAAUGAGUGCAACAGGAGGAGGUGGCCUUCGUCGUUUUAAAACAAUAGACCUCAACAGCACCAUAACAAAUAAAUAUUCCGAGGAAUCAGAACAACCAAAGAGAAGUCUGUAUUUUGAUGAAGAACCAGAGUUAGAGAUGGAAAGUCUUACAGAUUCACCAGAAGACAGGUCAAGGGGGGAGGGAUCUUCUAGUCUGCAUGCCUCCAGUUUCACCCCAGGAACAUCUCCCACAUCUGUGUCAUCUCUUGAUGAAGACAGUGACAGCAGCCCUAGUCACAAAAAAAUGAGUGGAGAAAGUAAACAGCAACGUAAAGCCAGGCAUCGAACUCAUGGUCCUCUUCUUCCCACAAUUGAAGAUUCCUCAGAAGAAGAGGAACUUAGGGAGGAGGAAGAGUUGCUAAAAGAGCAAGAGAAACAACGUGAACUAGAGCAGCAACAGCAGCAGCAGCAACAACAACAACAGCAACAACAACAACAGCAACAACAAAGGAAAAGCUCAAGUAAAAAAUCUAAAAAAGACAAAGAUGAGCUCAGAGCGCAGAGGAGACGAGAGCGGCCAAAAACACCACCAAGUAAUCUUUCACCCAUUGAAGAUGCUUCCCCAACAGAAGAACUGCGCCAAGCAGCAGAAAUGGAAGAACUACAUCGAUCUUCCUGUUCCGAAUAUUCACCAAGUAUUGAAUCAGACCCUGAAACAUUUGAAAUCAGUCCAGAAAAAAUAAUCGAAGUUCAGAAAGUUUACAAAUUGCCUACAGCUGUGUCUUUAUAUUCUCCUACAGAAGAUCAGCCUAUUGGAAUUUUCAAAGAAGAGAGCAGUCAAAAGAUUUUAAAAAGUGCUGAAGAGGUAUAUGAAGAAAUCCUGCAAACAUCCAACAAAGCCAAGGCCUUUCCAGAUGCAUGUGAAAAAGAUGAUGUGUUUGAAAAAGAGCCUUUAUAUGGUGGCAUGCUAAUAGAGGACUAUAUUUAUGAAUCUUUAGUAGAAGAUGCUUACAGUGGGACUAUGGAGGCAAGCCUCAUGACAAGACAAGAGGAGAGUGAUGAACUGAGUCAACAGAAAGACAAAGAGAAAAGAAUAAAGCCUCUAGAUCAAAUAUAUGGAGAGCCUAUGCAAAAAUCUACUGAUGUACAAAGAGAUUAUUAUAUAAUAGACCCUUUGUGUUCAGUUAUGCCACAAGAAGACAUUGUGUCUAGUUCUUACAUCAUGCCAGAAAGUCAUGAAAUAAUUGUAUUGGACAGUGUGGCACCAUCUUCAAGUGAUGGAAGGCCAUUGUUAGAUGCAGAUGCUGCUUAUGAGGAGCUUAUGAAACGCCAAAGAACGCAGUUGACCCCAGGUUUGAGUCCAACCCAGUCAUCUCCUAAAUCAGUGUCUGUAUCAGCUACAAAGGCUAGUACAUCUGGACAAGCAACAGCUUCAAUGGUUUCAGACAUAUCUUCAGGGAGUUCUGUAGUGCUUCCCAUUCCAGAUGUUAAAAUUACUCAACACUUUACAACUGAGGAAAUUGAAGAUGAGUAUCUCACAGAUUACGCCCGGGAAAUUGAAGAAAUAAUUUCUCAGGAGACAACCAUGUUGACUUAUUCAGAGGCCUCAGAAAGUGCCACAUCUGUUUUACCAUCAGAUACAUCUUCCCUUACAUCAUCUACAUCUUCAGUGUACACCACUGGUAGCUCUUCACCUGUAGGUGGACCAGAUGGCAUAACUCCAGGCUAUAUAGAAACAGUGGAUACGAUUAGCAAAUUAUCAGAUUCAGAAGGGACAAGUUCAGUGACAAUGAGUCCCACAAGUUCCACAAAGGAGAGUAUUGAACCCCACAAGGAAGCAAUUAUAGCUGAAAAUGUAACCCACAUAGAUCAGACUGCAGUUUCUCUAUCAGAAACUGACUCCUUUGUAUCAGCAUAUAAGUCCCAGUCCUUUGUCCCUGCAGCUUUGGACACUUUCCAAUCAGAAUAUGGCAAACCCAGAAAAGAUGUGGCAAAGUCUGAUGCUGUGAAGGAAGAUUACAAAAACGAACAAGGAAGAGCUGCUAUCAGCAUGACAGGAACAGAUAUCAUUUCUGACCAAAGAUUUACAUACACAGCUCCAGUGACAGCACCUUCUAUUGUAUCUGUUUUGCCACCUGCAGUUUCUCCACUUCCUGUUACAUCUAAAACAUUCUCAUUUUCCCAAAGCUCUCUCUAUUCUCCUGCUCAGCCAUCUCAACCUUCUACUCAGGCAGCUCCACCUCCCGCUCCUGCUCAGCCAUCUAUACCACCACCACUUCUACCACCUCCCCCACCUCCUCCCCCACCACCACCGCCCCCACCUCCACCGCCCCCGCCUAUUUUACCUAAACCAGCUAUUUAUCCUAAAAAGAAACCACUGACCAUGGCUACAGUAACAGCAGCUCCCACCCAGGUGACAUCUGUCAGCAGUGUCAGAUUAGUGGACACAUCUGCUAUUAAGAUCAGUGAGUUACCCAUCACCAAAAUAUACACAUCAGCACCUCCUCCUGUCCCACCCAAACCAGCUUCAAUACCAGCAGGACUUGUGUUCACUCACAGACCUAGUGAAGUCAUAAAACCUCCUAUUGCUCCCAAACCAACAAUUCCUCAGUUACCGACAACUGUUUAUAAACCAACAGAAACAAAGCCAAAACCAGCUGGUUUGGCUUUAACCAGCAGUAUGACUUUGAACUUGGUUUCCCCUGUUGAGUACAAGUUGCCAUCCCCUACAUCCCCCUUAUCUCCACAUUCUAAUAAAUCUUCCCCAAGAUUAUCCAAAUCCUCUCAGGAAACGUAUGUUGUUAUCACAUUGCCCUCUGAACCUGGAACGCCAACAGAAUCCAUUACCAGCCAGGCCAUUACCAGUUGGCCUUCAGAAUCACCCCACAAAGAACAAGCUCUACCAACUGCACAUUCAUUAUUCACUCCAUCUAUGAGUACCCUGCAGACACAAAGCAUAACUGAUCAAGGCAAGUAUGUUCCAGGUGUCUCACAUACUGUUUCUUCUGUUCCUUUUAGUGCACAUUCAGUUUUUGAGAUUGUGCCUCGUUCAGCAACAGAGUUAAUAACGACAGAGGUUGGCAGGAGUACUGUGUCUUUAAUCAAAAAUGGUGGCUCAGGUAGUGUUUCUAUUACUAUACCCCCAGAACCCACUCAUAUAAUAGAGCCACCCAGAUAUAGAGAGAAUGGAAGAUUUCAUGUCUUUGGUGAUGUUAUUGAUCUUCGUACCUUGACUAAAAUGGACAUUGAAAGGACAGACAGCUGUGUGGACUUAUCUGCAGAUGUGAGAAGGCAAACUAUGGCAAGUGACACUUCUGGGAGGACAGUAAGUACUGUUCAGCCAGCUAUCAUAAAUCUUAGCAUUGCACCAACAGGUGAUUCCUCUUUAUCCCCAGUCCCUGGAACAAUUACAAUAGUGACUUGCACGGCUACAUUAAGUUAUAGUACAAGCACAGAAAGUCUUGUAGAUAUAGGGCAUGCAAUGACAACACCACUGCAACUAACAACACUGAAACAUUUUGAACCAGGAAGUAGAGUAACAAGUAGUAAGGCACUUUCUCCAGACAGAGAUGAAGUGCCAAUAAAUCUGUCCCGUGGUAUUCCAGCACAUGCAGUUACAUGGGCCACUACAAAGCCCAUUACUGUACCUCCUGUAAGUGUAACCAAUGGUUGGAUUGAUGCUUCCGCUGCUCUAGAACCAAUGGAAAGUGGAGUAGUUGAUCUCAGCACCACAAAAUCCCAUAGAACUAUGGUGACCAUGGAUGAAAUGACUCCAGGAAUUGUUACCACUGUAAUAGAAGAUGAUGAAAAACCUGUGGACUUGACUGCAGGGAGAAGGGCUGUUUGUUGUGAUGUGAUUUACAAAUUGCCAUUUGGCAAGAGCUGUACAGCUCAAGCACCAGCAACAACACUGCCUGAAGAUCGUUUUGGUUACAGAGAUGAUCACUAUCAAUAUGGCCGUUCAGGGUCCUAUGGUUAUAGAGGAAUUGGGGGAAUGAAACCUUCUAUGUCAGAUACAAACUUAUCAGAAGCUGGACUUUUUUUGUACAAAAGCAAGAACACAUUUGAGUACCAAGCAACUGGAGCAACUGAUGUAGCAGUAGACUUAACCUCUGGCAAAGUAACGACAGGUGAAAUUGUUGAUUACUCAAGCAAGAUCACUGGUCCUUACCCAGAGACUCGACAAGUGAUUUCUAGCAUUGGGAUCAGUGCACCUCAAUAUUCCCAAGCAAGAAUGGUCUCAUCCAUAAGCUCCCCUUAUGGUAUUGGGAGUGUUCUGAGAUCAUCAAAUGGAGUUGUUUAUUCAUCAGUUGCAACUCCAGUCCCAUCUACAUAUGCCAUCACCACACAGCCAGGUUCUAUUUUCAGUACUUCAGUUAGAGACUUGUCUGCUUUUCAUACAGUUGACACAAUAUCCUCAUUAUCAAACUUGCAACAGAGCCAAGCCCUUCCAAGAUCAUACAAUUUCUUGACAACGGCAGCCACUGAAAAGGAUAGUUCAAUUACUACUAUUGACAUUGACCCAGGACUGCAACCCCUUCCUUUAGAAGUGAUUACCACUGAACCAACCAACUUGAUGCCUGUUUUCACAACAGCUUCUGAGCCCUUUGUAGAUGUAAUUGAUGAUGAAGCUACACUCCUUAUUGCUCCUGAAGAAGGCAAACAGCAACAUCUUGAUUUAGAACGUGAGCUUCUAGAACUUGAGAAAUUGAAGCAGCAACGCUAUGCCGAGGAGCUAGAGUGGGAACGUCAAGAAAUACAACGAUUCAGGGAACAAGAACAGUUUAUGGUGCAAAAAAAGCUGGAGGAGUUGCAUUCUAUGAAACAUCACCUCUUAUAUCAGCAAGAAGAAGAGAGGCAAGCUCAGUUCAUGAUGAGGCAGGAAACAUUAGCUCAACAACAGCUGCACAUUGAACAAAUUCAGCAGCUCCAACAGCAACUCCACCAGCACUUGGAAGAGCAAAAAAUCCACCAGAUUUAUCAAUAUAAUUAUGACCCUUCAGGAGCUGUGUCCCCACAAACAACCACAGAUCAAGUCAUUCUUGAAGGACAGUAUGCUGCUGCCAACAACCAGUUCUGGACUGGUGAUGAAGUUGCCACCACUUCUGCUGCCUUAGGGAUUGAAAUUCCAGAGAGCCAAGCCUGGUAUAGUGUUCAAUCAGAUGGUGUCACACAAUACAUAUCCAGGCCUGGCAUCCUAAGUUCUGUUUCAGAUAUGUCUCUUAAAGACAUUGAUGCAAGAGAGGAAAAGCAGCUGAAAAAGAGGAGUUCCAUGCCAAAGCUGCGAGGCCCAUAUGAAGAAAUUGAUGAGAGCUUGGAAGAAGAGCCCAAGUGUCUCAAAAAGAUAGUGGAAAGUGGUGUUCAAACUGAUGAUGAGGACAGUGCAGACUUGGGCUACACAGACAGGAGAAGGAGAGUUAAAAAGAGUGUUGAUACAAGUGUUCAGACAGAUGAUGAGGACCAAGAUGAAUGGGAUCCUACCAAUAGAUCAAGAAGGAAGACACAUGUGGGGAAAUAUGAAGGUACCGCUGAGGUGGACAAGGCUAAGCCAUUUUCGAAAGUCUCCAGCAUUGCUGUGCAGACAGUAGCAGAGAUUUCUGUACAAACUGAGCCUGUAGGAACAAUAAGGACCCCAUCUGUGAGAUCCCAGUUAGAUGCAAAGGUAGAAAUAAUAAAACACAUUUCUGCUCCAGAAAAGACAUACAAAGGGGGAAGUUUGGGAUGCCAGACAGAAACAGAUUCAGAUACACAGAGCCCCCCAUACCACACAGACACCUCCUCUCUAAAAGAUAAAAAGCGCCCGACACCACUAGAAAUAGGUUAUUCAUCCCACCUCCGACCAGAGCCAACACUUCAGGUAGCUCCCUCCCCUCCCAAAUCCCCCAAAGUACUCUAUUCUCCCAUUUCACCUGUAUCUCCAGCCACAGUUAUGGAGUCAGCUUUUGUACCCUAUGAAAAACCUAUUGCUGACGAUAUUAGUCCUCAGAAGAUUCUUCAUGCCGAUGUUACCAAACUUCCUCAACUGAGCCCUAAGUCUGCCAAGGUGAUGCAGCGCUCUUUGUCUGAUCCUAAACCACUGAGUCCAACAGCUGAAGACCCUUCCAGAGCCCAUUUCCAGUACACUGAUGGUUUCUUGACUAAAGGAUCUUCAACUGCAAUGUCAUCAGGAAUGCAAAAGAAGGUCAAGAGGACUUUGCCCAACCCACCUCCAGAAGAUGCUUCAGUAGGAACACAAUCGACCUUCUCAACUGUGGGGUCAAUAUCACGCCGAAGGAUUUGCCGGAGUAACACCAUGGCCAGGGCUAAAAUUCUACAGGAUAUAGACAGAGAACUGGAUUUGGUAGAACGAGAGUCUGCUAAGCUCCGGAAAAAGCAAGCAGAACUAGAUGAAGAAGAGAAAGAAAUAGAUGCAAAACUUCGAUAUUUAGAAAUGGGCAUCAAUCGACGAAAAGAAGCACUACUAAAAGAAAGAGAAAAGCGGGAGCGUGCCUACCUUCAGGGAGUAGCAGAGGAGCGUGAUUAUAUGUCAGACAGUGAAGUUAGUAGUACAAGGCCUACCAGGAUAGAGGCUCAGCAUGGCUUGGAAAGACCACGAACUGCACCACAAACAGAAUUUGACCAGUUUAUACCACCACAAACUGAACCAGAAAGUCAGUUUGCAACUCCUACAAGUCCUUAUACUCAAUAUCAGUACUCUUCACCUGCCCUUCCUACCCAAGCCCCAACUCCGUACACCCAGCCAUCACAUUAUCAGCAGCAACAGCCUUUAUAUCAACAGCAGGUUUCUCCUUACCAAACACAGUCAGCAUUCCAAACUGUUGCAACCCUGUCUUUCACACCCCAGGUUCAGCCACCACCAACCCCACAACCUUCAUAUCCACUAUCUUCACAAUUGAUGGUGAUCCCACAAAAAACAAGGCAAAGUUCAUUGUAUCUGGAGCCCAAGAUAACCACAAAUUAUGAUGUGAUUCGUAAUCAGCCUCUCAUGAUAGCACCUGCAUCAUCUGAUAACACAUAUGCAGUAUCCCAUUUGGGUAGCAAAUACAGCACCUUAGACCUACGGCUCGGACUGGAUGAGAGAAGCAGCAUGGCCAGUAGUCCCAUCUCUAGUAUAUCUGGUGACUCAUUCUAUGCUGAUAUUGACCACCACACAGCCCGCAAUUUUGUGCUAAUAGAUGACAUUGGGGAUCUUGGUAAAGGAACAUCAGCUCUGAGCUCUGCUUAUAGCCUGCAUGAGAAGGAUCUGAGCAAGACUGAUAGGCUUCUUCGAACCAGUGAAGCUCGGAGAGUGCAAGACGUCUCGGAUUUCCUUGCACCACUUCAAACGUCUUCCCGCUUGCACAGCUACAUGAAAGCAGACGAAGACCCAAUGGAAGACCCUUAUGAACUUAAGCUCCUAAAGCAUCAGAUCAAGCAGGAAUUCCGUAGGGGUGCUGAAAGUCUGGACCAUCUGGCAGGUCUGUCACAAUAUUAUCAUGGAGAUACUAGCUACAGACAUUUCCCCAAAUCUGAGAAAUAUAGUAUAAGCAGGCUUACAUUAGAGAAACAAGCUGCCAAACAGCUCCCAGCAGCCCUUCUUUACCAGAAGCAGUCAAAGCAUAAGAAGGCCUUGCUAGAUCCCAAAUUAUCUAAAUUUUCACCUAUUCAGGAAAGCAGAGACCUUGAACUUGAUUAUUCAACCUACUUGACUUCAAGCACAUCAUCACUUGGGGGCAUCACCUCCAGAGCAAGGCUUCUCCAGGAUGAUAUAACAUUUGGCCUCCGAAAAAACAUCACAGACCAACAGAAGUAUAUGGGGCCCACAUUAUCACAUUCCCUGGGUACAAGCCUUGGGGCUGCAUUGAGUACCUCAAUGAGAUCCACAUUACAAGAUGAGGUUGACAAACCUUACAGCAGUGGUAGCAGAUCUAGGCCAUCCUCUCGGCCAUCGUCAGUCUAUGGGCUUGACUUGUCACUAAAGAGGGAUUCUUCAAGCUCAUCUUUAAGACUGAAAACCCAAGAACCUGAACCACUAGAUGUUUCCUUCAGUCAUGCAGCCCCCUCUGGGAGAACAAAACCUACCAGUUUACCUAUCAGUCAGAGUAGGGGAAGAAUUCCAAUAGUGGCACAGAACUCAGAAGAAGAAAGUCCGUUAAGUCCUGUGGGCCAACCAAUGGGGAUGGCAAGAGCAGCAGCUGGGCCAUUGCCACCUAUAUCAGCAGAUACUAGAGACCAGUUUGGAUCAAGCCAUUCAUUGCCUGAAGUCCAACAGCAUAUGAGGGAAGAAUCACGAGCUCGUGGCUAUGACCGGGAUAUAGCCUUCAUCAUGGAUGACUUCCAGCAUGCCAUGUCAGAUAGUGAAGCCUACCACCUGCGCCGAGAAGAAACAGAUUGGUUCGACAAGCCCCGGGAGUCUCGUUUGGAGAAUGGACAUGGUUUUGACAGAAGACUGCCAGACAAGCUAGCCCAUUCAAGGCCACCGAGUCAGCAUCAAGACCAAAUUAAUGGGAAGCCUAUCCAAUACAUCUUCCCCCAUGCAAGGCUGAAACUGCCAAGGGAUCCAAAGGAUCACUCCAUUUCAGGCAAUGGACUUGGAAUUCGAAUUGUAGGAGGGAAAGAGAUUCCAGGAACCAAUGGAGAAAUCGGUGCUUACAUUGCAAAAAUCCUGCCAGGUGGAAGUGCUGAGCAAACAGGGAAACUUAUGGAAGGGAUGCAGGUGUUGGAGUGGAAUGGCAUUCCCUUGACUGCCAAAACAUAUGAAGAAGUUCAGAGUAUCAUCAGUCAACAGAGUGGGGAAGCAGAAAUAUGUGUAAGACUGGAUCUCAGCAUGUUGUCAAAUGGCGAGAAUCCACAACGUUUGGAAUUACUUGAGCCAGGAAAGCCUGCAGAGAAAACAAAGUCUCCUGGGGUUGAUCCCAAGCAGUUGGCUGCAGAGCUGCAAAAGGUUUCUCUGCAACAGGCCCCCCUGAUUGCCUCUUCAGCAAUGGAGAAGGGCUCACAUGCUCAUUCUGGCACCACGUCAGCCACUUCUAGUUCUGUUCCUAGCCCUGGGCAGCCUGGCUCUCCCUCGGUCAGCAAAAAACGGCAUAGUGGCAAGCCUGCAGAAACUACCAAGCCCGGUUCCCAUCCAAUAACUGGAGAAAUUCAGCUCCAAAUCAACUAUGACAAACACCUUGGUAAUUUGAUAAUUCACAUUCUUCAAGCAAGAAACCUUGCCCCCCGUGAUAACAAUGGCUAUUCUGAUCCAUUUGUCAAAGUUUAUCUUCUACCAGGACGAGGCCAAGUCAUGGUUGUCCAGAAUGCAAGUAUUGAAAACAAGAGGAGGACAAAAUAUGUGCAAAAAAGCUUGAAUCCUGAAUGGAACCAGACAGUCAUUUAUAAAAACAUCUCCAUAGAGCAGCUAAAGAAGAAAACCCUAGAAGUCACUGUCUGGGACUAUGAUAGAUUCUCCUCCAAUGACUUCCUCGGUGAGAUCUUAAUUGAGCUGUCUAGUACUUCCCAGCUAGACAAUACUCCUCGGUGGUAUACUUUAAAGGAACAGAGUGAAAGUAUUGACCAUGGGAAAUCCCAUUCUGGUCAGAACAGCCAGCAGUCCCCAAAACCAUCUGUCAUCAAAAGCAGAAGUCAUGGGAUUUUCCCUGACCCAUCAAAGGACAUGCAGGUGCCAACUAUUGAGAAGUCCCAUAGCAGUCCAGGAAGCUCCAAGUCUUCCUCUGAAGGACACCUGCGCUCUCAUGGACCAUCCCGCAGCCAAAGCAAAACUAGCGUCACUCAAACUCACCUUGAAGAUGCUGGGGCAGCCAUCGCUGCUGCUGAAGCAGCUGUCCAGCAGCUCCGCCUUCAACCAACAGCACAUAAAAGCGGUCAGUCUAAUCAUGCAAGGAAGCAGCACAGACACAGCAUAGCAGGAGUCCUCCCAAUUCAAAGAACUCAGUCUGACAAUCUGCCUCCACCAGCCAGUGACAACAAAGACCAAAGUCAACUAGCCCUCAGAAAAGUGAUGUCUGAUGGACCGGUCAAGCCUGAAGGAGCGAGGCCUACCAACCACCGACCUGGAGACAGUUCCGUCUCCUCUACUGGUUCAUCCGCCAGUACCUUUGGCAGCGGAUACAGCAUGGAUAGUGAAGGAAGCAGCAGUAGCACCACAGGGGACAACAAUAUGUUUCCUAUUCCAAGAAUAGGAAAGAUGAAUCAGAAUGGACAAGAUGCAAUGAAGCAGUCAGGAGUCGGAUUAACAGAAGGUGAAGGUAAAACCCAGGUGAUGGGUGAAAUCAAGAUUGCCCUAAAAAAGGAAAUGAAGACUGAUGGAGAACAGCUAAUUGUGGAGAUCCUUCAGUGUAGGAAUAUCACCUACAAGUUUAAAUCACCAGAUCACUUACCAGAUUUGUAUGUAAAGCUAUAUGUUGUCAACCUUGCAACUCAAAAGAGAGUGAUCAAGAAGAAAACAAGAGUGUGCAGGCAUGACCGGGAACCUUCAUUCAAUGAAACAUUUAGAUUCAGUUUGAGUCCCACUGGACAUUCUCUCCAGAUUCUUCUUGUUUCUAAUGGAGGAAAGUUUAUGAAGAAGACCUUGAUUGGUGAGGCAUAUAUCUGGCUUGACAAAGUGGACCUCAGGAAAAGAAUAGUAAACUGGCACAAACUUUUAGUCAGCUCAACACAAACACACUGAGCAAAAAGUGUCACCUUUCGGCAUUGAGCCAUCAAAGAGUCUGCUUGUGUGAUUCCAAGACUCUACUUUGAUGUUGUGUUUUGCUAGGCUUUCGGAGUAUGAAGUACCGGGGAGGGGGGCAAGUUCUGGGCGAUUUAGCACACUUUCAUGAGGGCUAGUCGAUCUAUUUUGCUGUAAUAAAAAAAGCAGCAAAGGAAAAAAAACAACCACCCUAGGCCCAGAGUCUACUGAAAAUGAGGACUGACCCGAGGACUCUGUGAUGUUAGAAUCUUUGGGGCUAUCAAGCAAAUGAAUAGCAUCCAUGCACUUAAAGUGUUUAUGGAGAGAAUUUGAUGGUGGCUAGGAGCAAUGUUUAUGAGAAAGCAAUCUGAUUUUUGGUGCAAUCAGAAAGAUCAUUUUAUGCAAAAGCACCUAAGGUGAUAGCCUUUCCAGUUCUCACUCAAGUGUGUUCUUCUUUACUUCAGAAUACUUAACUAUUUGCGGUAAUGAGAGUGCCCCAGGAGGCAAAUGGCAAGAUAUUUCAUUUUAUAUCCUAAAUGGUGGCAAUGUUUGUCCUUCAUGUUAUUUUUUCUUUCUUUCAUAAUUGUAUGCUAUGGAGGACACAUGUAGAUUGAAAACUUCAGUGGUUCUCCAUAUUAAUUGAGACUCAAGAUGCAGAGUAAUUUUCAUUUUGGAAUGAGUAAAAGCAUUCAGGGGAGGAAUUAACAGCAGCAUAUCAUGAACUGGAGAAAUAGUAAUGAUUAUGUGGAAGAAAUUGCAAUUCAGCCUGCUCUUUUUGAGCCAGUCAUUUACAAAGAUGGAGUAGAUUCAAAGGGCUUUUAAGUAUUGAGAUGGAUACUGUUGCCUCACUAUCUAUCUGUCUUGCCUUUACGAACUUCAAGGUAUUGAUAUUUCAAAAUGUCUAGCAUGAAGUGCUCCAUACGUUAGACCCACUGUGCUAAUCGCUCCCAGAUUAUUUGGGAGUUCUAGAUCAAUAAAAGCACUUUGUCAUCUUGAAGAAAUGACACACUGUAUCUCACAGUUUGUGUGCUUGUGUACUACAGAUGUCUCAUAUGCAUAAAAUGGCAUAUAUAUGUGUUCACUAGUGGUGUUCCACUAAGGAAAAUUAGAGUUAUUGGAGGAAAGAUUGCUGCAACAAUGAACUUUAAAAGCCUAGUAUGCUUAUAAAAUGGAAGGAAACAAUUUUUAGAAAUCAUUGUCAUGAGCAAGUAACAUUAAACAUGAAACUAGAUUUAUGGCUUCCUUGGGGACUAAGACAAAAUAUACAUCAUGAAUUCCCCUUACUAUGAUGAUUGGCAUUGUAUUUCUAUAAUGGAAAACUGGAAAAGUACACCAAACCAUUCCUUGCAGCAGAACGACAAUCAGCAAGUUUCUACAGUAAGUGACCACAAGAAGAUCCUGAAGUUUGUUUUCAAAUGAGUGGUGCUUAUCUUUUUCAAAGGUGGGUCAAAAAGCUUCUGAAAUGUAGUCAACAAAACAACCAAACUCUGCAUGAAGCUGGAUCCUCUCUGAACAACUUCCUGUAAUUGUUUUGAAAAGCAAGCCCCUUGUCAAGCAGUCUAGAAUAUGUGUUCCAGAAAGAAAGGAACAAAAUGUUAAAAUUAAGUUUUCACAAAACAACGCAACUCCAGGCAAAAUAAGUCCAAGAUCAGCACUUCACCUUCUAACACUGUGUGUUUCCUUUAAACGGGAUAAAUGACUGGGAGGAGGCAGAUCGUAAGCACAGGAUUAACAAUUCGGCUCAGAUUUCACCCUUCUGUCUCUUAGUAAGGGCAUCCAUUUCAGUCCAGUCCUUGGAAGCAAUUGCAUUGCCUUCUCUUACAAAUCCUGUGUCAUGUGGAAAUUGUCCAUUGCUCCCUAUUAUACUCAAAGGGAAACAAAAGUGAAGGCAUCUCUCACAGUGACUGGAUCUCUAUUUUCUAAAAGAUCUAUAUUCAAGUAUCAUUAUUUAGUGUGGUUUUUUUUUAAAAAAAUGUGGCGAGACAUACAAUUUUCUGUAAACGUCUGACACUUUUAUUCUGGCGAUGAAUUAUAAGGAAGGCCGUGAAUGUUGCAGUGGUUGGCAUGGAGACUUAAAGCAGCCACAAGUAGCUUUCUACGAGUAAGCCAGCUACUCUUAAUUGGUAAAAAUAGACUGCUGUUGCAAUGUUCAUUACACAGUGUGCAGGAGGAAAAGGCUGCUUCUCAUUAAUAGCAGAUCAAAAUCUGCAGUUCUUUGUGUAUUUUCCUUUUCUUAUUAUUGUAAUGGUAGUUUCAACUCCCACUUGUUCGUACGUCUUUCAGCCACCAGGCAUCGAUUACGGGACUGAGUAACCACAUUCAGAGUCAUUGGAACCUCCUCUCUGCAAUGCAUUUAUGCUCAACUGAAUGUAUGUUUGUAGGAAUGUGAGCUUGCUGGCAAUAGCAGCUUCUACGAGACUCGGCAUGUUUCUCCCAGGAAGGAUAAAAACUCCUUUCUUUUUAUAUCUAUUAUGUAUCAGAAAGACCUGGUGAAAGGCUAGUCCAUCUGCUAAACCAUGUUUACAUCUGUGCUAAGACUAGAAGAUGCCUCCAAAGCGUGCCAAGUUUCCUUUUGACAAAAUGUCUGGGCUGUACUGGAAUCAUUCUAUGCAAUGAUGAAUCACAUUUAAAUGCAGUUUUCUUUUUAUUAAUGAAGGAAACAAAAGAACCCCUUCUUGUGGCAAUUAUUUUUUUAAAGAAAAUAAAAUCACACGGGGGGACUUAGGGUAUUUCAGAAAAUGUAUAGAUAUUUCUGCCUAUUUGUUUUCUUUCUUAUGUUAAACAGAAGUGCUCAAAUGUGGCAAGACCUCUUAACUAGGAAUGAAUGACCCAGCUGCGGAUUCCUUUGAAAUGAUAGAUUGUUGAUGGCACAAUGCGCUUUAUUUAGAAUGAAUGAAUAUAUAUGUGUGUGUAUAUAUAUAUAUAUAAAUGUAUAUGGCAAGUCUGCUGAGCUGAAGGUAAAAGCUAUGUUGUACAAAAAAAAAGUCUUGUACAGUGGAAACAAGCUUGAAAUGAGAGCUAAAAGCACAGAAUGUGUGUGUAUUGACAAAUGACUGGUCAUUUCCUUAAAGGGUUGUUUCUCUUUUUUUCCAUUCUGCUGAAUAACAGCCAGCUCUCACUUUCUUUUCCAAAAAAAGGUGUGUGAGCUCCCGUGAUAAAUGUGGAGCAAAUAGGAUGUUAUGGUAAGCCUUUAAAGGGAUAGUAUCCAGGAGCAAUAUAAACAUUUUCUAUUCUUUAUUAUAUCCAACCGCUACAAGUAUGUUGCUAUUGUUUUAUGCAUUUUAGAAGAUGUAGACCCCUCACUGCAAGCACACAGAAAGCAAUUUUUUUCACUUUAUGUCCGGAACUUUUAUUGCCAGCCAAGUUCCUUGCCUAGAUGCCCACAAGUUGGGUUAGGUUGAUUUUUAGGGCAGUGGGGCAGGGAGGGUGAGUUGCGUAGCUGGUAACCAGCUGACCUUACUUCUUUCUAAGCGGACAAAGGAGUAACAUGUAGACAUCUCUUAUAUGUUCAAUAUAGAAUUAUUUAAUUCGCAUUUAGUUUGCUGAAGAUUUCAUGCAGAUGUUAAUAGUCUAUUUUGAUCUUUUCUUUGAAUCAUAGCAAAUGCUAUAUUAAGGGCUUUAUUUCCAUUGCUACAGCAUCUAAUGGUCCACAGCUCAAUGAACACCAGCAUAUGCACAUGCCAAUCUGUAUAUGUGAGGGGGUGAAAUGAUCUGAAUAAUCAUGUUGGUUUUUAAGUGGCGAAAAAAACUGGGAGGAAAUACAUAGUACAAAUCCACUACUAUCACAUUCAGGGACAGUUCGUGUGUUCCUGACCAGUUUGCCAAAGUUGCUGCUUCGAUUAAAUGAAAUCUGGAUACUCUCUCUUUAAACUAUAAGUUGCAUUUUAGUGUUUUCUGCAUAUGCUCUGGUCGUUUUGGCAAAAGAAACACACUAAUGAGUUUUAAAAUUAUAUUAUAAACUCGGACCAAGUGAUCUAAAGAACAUUGUUUUUUUUUCAGUUGUUACCUCCUUGUAAAUAUGCCUUUUUUAUUGAGAAACAAAAAAAAAUGAGUUUGGAGUUGGAGAUCCCAUCUGGCGUUCUAAGCAUGUCAGUGUCAAUACAAGCAGAUUGUAUCUUGUAUAGAUGUUUGGUGGCGUUCCCAGGUGCUCAGCAGUCACCGACUAGCAUGUGUGCCAUCAUCGUAUCAGACAACAUGUGUGCAGCAUCCCUGAGAUGCAAAGGUAGGAAAAGAACACCUCCCUUGAGGAUAAAGUUUAAAAUGCAACAACCACCAUUAGUAGUCUUUUGAGAGAUGUAAUAUUUCCACACUGAAUGUUGCAUGCAUCAAUGGUGGUUUGUAAAUCUUUCUCCUUUUCUUUUCUUUUUUCACUUGAAUGAAUAAAUUGAUUACUCUUUGAUUUUUGCCUUCCAGUCCUCCAAGAAUAAAACUAUAAAACUAGUUCUAAAAGUUGUAUAAAAUGAAACAAAAAGAAAAAUAGUAUGACAAAUUGUAUAAAGAAGACAAAAAUGCUUGUAAAUCAAGUCUUGAUUUUCACUGUAUGUAAAAAAAAUCCAUGUCAUGGUUUUGUGAUUGUAUACAGGACGUAUCUUGAGAAUUUAUGCAAAUUGUGUUGUAUAAAGACUGUUCAACCCAGUCUGACUAAUAAAUAUUUAAAAUACCUA